GUGAGUCCAACAGCCGGAGCGGCAGCAGCAGAUAGGCACCGACUGUGCAGAAGGGGGGAGUGGGUUGUGAGAUAAAUAGUGAGAGAGAGGGAGCGAGAGAUGAAAAGAAUACUAAAUGAGAGAGAGGCGCUCAUUCUGAAGGAAGCAACAGCCACAGCAACUGUUCAUUCGCCAUCCUUCGGGCUUUCUCUUGCAAUCGCUGACUGACGCUGGGGGGAGUUAGAGGGCACCAGGACCCGCUGAGGAGCGCCGUCUCAAGGACAGACACAUCUAAGCGACGCUCCCUCACCGCAAAUGCCUGGAUUAUAUUUCGCGGAUUCCCACUGUCAGGUGGGGGAAACCAUCUCAGAGUGGAAGUAGUCGUGCGGAUAAAAGGCUGUCCGCGGGAGGAAGGAAGAAGGAGGGGAGAAGAGCGUGUGUCUGCGCGCGGGUGUGUGUCAGUGACGGGGUCAUUACAGCGGCGGAUGCCUUCUUCUGAGGGUGACAGAGACUGAGGAGACCUGAAGCCUGGCGAGUCCACACAGAGGUGGAGCAGAGUCAGCAACUUGUUGACCAAGACCGGAAGAACACACUCGGAUUCACACACAGCUGGGCAGAUGAGGCGGCUUCAGGGACCACGGUUCAAUCCUGGGUGUUGGGCGCAGUGACCCCGCCUGUCUCAGGUGGGGAGUCCGAGUACCAGGGCCAUGAUUGGCUCUCCUGGCCCUGGGGGGCGUGCCUUAGUGCCAUGGCCGAAGAUGUGGCAGUGGGUGCUGGCUGCUUCUCUGGUGUCUGUGUUGACCCUAACACUGCCAGGAAGUAGCCAAGCCUGUCCGCCGCGCUGCGAGUGCUCGGCGCAGCUGAGGUCCGUGUCUUGCCAGCGGAGGCGGCUCACCAACAUACCCGAGGGGAUUCCCACGGAGACGCAGCUCCUGGACCUCAGCCGGAACCGGCUCCGCUGGGUGCAAGCCGGCGAUCUGGCUCCGUACCCGCGGCUGGAGGAGGUCGAUCUGAGCGAAAACCUCAUCGCCACGCUGGAGCCCAACGCCUUCGCCGCCCUGCAGAAUCUGAAAGUGCUGAAGUUGAGAGGAAACCAGAUGAAGUUGGUGCCCAUGGGGGCCUUCGCCAAGCUGGGCAACUUGACCAGUCUGGACCUGAGUGAGAACAAGAUGGUGAUCCUUCUGGACUACACCUUUCAGGACCUGAAGAGCCUCAAACACCUGCAAGUGGGAGACAACGACCUCGUGUACAUUUCACACAAGGCAUUCGUCGGACUUCUCGGUCUGGAGGAUCUCACGAUCGAGCGCUGCAAUCUGACGUCCAUCUCUGGCCAGACGCUGUCGUACCUCCGCAGCCUGGUGACCCUUCGCCUCCGUCACCUCAGCAUCACCGCCCUGGAAGACCAGAAUUUCCGCAAGCUGUCCAACUUGCGGGGCCUUGAGAUCGAUCACUGGCCAUUUUUGGAAUACAUCUCCCCUCUGAGUUUCCAAGGUCUAGAUCUCCACUGGCUCUCCAUAACCAAUACCAACAUCACCUCCGUCCCUUCGUCCUCCUUCAAGAACAUGGUGCACCUCACCCACCUCAACCUCUCCUACAAUCCCAUCACAACACUGGAGUCCUGGGCCUUCAGGGACCUUCUAAGACUGAAGGAGCUGAUCAUGGUGAACACUGGACUGUUGACGGUGGAGCCUCACGCCCUGGGAGGCUUACGGCAGAUCCGAGUUCUCAACUUUUCCUCCAAUGACCUUCAGACGUUGGAAGAGGGGUCGUUCCACUCUGUAAAUAGUCUGGAGACCCUCAGAGUGGACGGUAACCCCCUGUUGUGUGACUGCCGUCUCCUUUGGAUCCUGCAAAGGCGCAGGACCUUAAAUUUCGACGGGAGAGUGCCAGUGUGUGUGGGGCCGGUGGAGGUGCAAGGGGUAAGCCUGAGCUCCUUCACCGACUCUGCUCUCUUUGAUCACUUCACAUGCCAGAAGCCUAAAAUACGCAACCGGAAGCUUCAGCAGGUUGUCGCUCGUGAGGGUCAGCCGGUGAACUUUCUCUGCCGUGCCGAUGGAGAUCCAGCGCCAGCCAUCAUCUGGAUUUCCCCGCAGCGUCGACGAAUCACCGCCAAGAGCUCCGGCCGCAUGACUGUUCUGCCCAGCGGAACGCUGGAGAUCCGCUACGCCCAACUCACCGACAGCGGAACUUACAUCUGCAUCGCCACCAAUGCCGGCGGCAACGACACCUACUUCGCCACUCUCACCGUGCGGGGACAGCCGCUGGACGCCGCCUCGGCCUUCUUCUUUAACCGCUCCCUUUACAGCGGGGAGUUCUUCAACGACACCAACAUGAACAGCACUCGUGUUUUCCUCAAGUUCACCUUGGACCUGACCACCAUUCUGGUCUCCACAGCGAUGGGCUGCAUCACUUUCCUGGGAGUGGUCCUCUUCUGUUUCCUGCUGUUGUUCGUGUGGAGCCGUGGCCGCGGCCAACGCAAGAACAACUUCACAGUGGAGUACUCUUUCCGGAAAUCUGAGCCCGCCACCGGAGGCUCUUCAGGUGGGACCAGGAAGUUCAAUAUGAAGAUGAUAUGAAACAACGCAGCCAGGGGUCCUUCAGGGGAGGCAUGAGCACGUCCCAAAAACGUGUUUGACACACAGUACACACAGCUGCUGACUCGCAAAAAUGAAGCUACGUCGUAGAGAACUCUUCCAAACCAAAGUAAAUCAGACCCAUGAAGGAAGAUUACUUUUAAGGUGAAAUUGGCAUGAAGUAAUAUGAAAUGUAAAAUGUAGAAGAUGAGCAUGCUUUUUUGAGAUUGCUGCACGUGAUAGGAAUGAGCUUAAAAACACAAUACAUAUUUAAUAUCUAAUUUCUAUACUCAAACCUUUCCGAAGCUUACGAUGAGCCCAGAAGGUCUUUUUCUUUUUUUAGUUUUCUGAAUUGAGAUGUUUUGCGACAAAGUCAGCUGUGUGGGACGAGCACACUGGUCACAAGGUGCUCCGGCUGCCCGUGGCCCGGAAGGUUUGGUUAGGAAGUCAAGCCUGUCGGACACGGGCAGCCUCAGCAAUCACCACAGCAACACACAAGAGAGCUGGGGGAGUGUCGCCUGCGUCGGCGGGGGAGGAGGUGAGAAGUCAAUACGAGCGUUUCCUCCUCUCUGGCAACAUCACAGGCCACAUUCAAGGUCUGUUAUCAUCAGGAGACCGGUGACCCGCCGGUCUGCAGUCCGUCCUCUCGCUCUCUGCCGUGUUGCGGAGUCUGACCUUCCCCAGCGCUGCCGGGGGGGAGCAGCCGGUGGGGCCAGACAACCUCAGAGACAGAGGACAUACAGGUGUUCACACACACCAAGAAAUAUGCAUCACACACGGAUAGAAACUUUUUUUUCUCAGGCAAAGUGAAGCAGAUUGACAAAGAAAGUUGAAUACAUUCCAGCAAUAAUGCGCCAGAAGCCAUAGUCAGUGUUUUUCUAUUGCAUGAUUCAUUUAUGUAACAAUCAUCAUUGCUGAUGUCUGACAAGCUGCCGCGAUGAUCAUAAGACCAUCUGCUCUCACUGUGCGCGCUCAAGUAGACAUCACAACAAGGUUGUAGGGACUACAGCGACACAAACAUCCACACCAGGAAGUGUGAGGCCAGCUAUGGCUCCUCUGUCUCUGCACUGUCCAGUGUGCAAAUGUCUCUGCCCCCCUAGCCCAGUGCAUCCCCCCUCCUCACCCUACGCCCCCAUUACCCCCACUGGGUCCUCCUUAGGGAGGGGUCCCUGGCUGGAGACCACGGAUUUAAAAAUGUAAAUGAAGUCGUGUUAACCCUACCCGCGCCAUGUGUACGUAUAGUGGAAAGUUGUACUGUGGUUUUUAAAACAACCGGAAAAAAAUGAUUUGAAGUGUUUUGUUGAUUCUUGUUUGUCCUUCGUUCAACUCUCACCCCCCCCCCAGUGAUUUUAAAACUGUUGGACCUUGAGAUGUUCCUCAUCCUCAUAGAGGGACCGUCCUGUUCUCAACACCUAAUAUCCCAACUGCUUUUUGGACUUCUAUUCUGACAUGCUGUCCUGGUUAAACAUAUCAUAUUGUCUCACACACCUUUGAGUAGAAGUGUGUAAUAAAUUUAAGGAUGAUGCUGCAGCCAUACAAAUAGUUAAUAAUGGAGCUAAGUGGCACGCAAAUAUAAAAGCUAAUGCUACAUCUCAAAUGCUUUUUUUUUGUUGUUGGAGCACAGAAACUUAUUUUAAUACUCCAAAUGUAUGUAAAUUAAAACAUGAUUUUGUUUAAUUCUUUAAAAAAAUGCCGUGUCAAUGCACAGACUACAGCUAGCACUCGUGUCACAGUGGACUGGAG